GGCGUCCCACGCUAAUAAUCCGGGACCCGCGCUAUUUUGCCCCUCCCCCUCAAUUCCCGCCCAAUUUCUCAUCUCAUCCUCAAGCUCAAGAUACUCACCCCACGCUUCACCUCUCACACAUAAACAAAACAAACAAACAAACCCACCGUAAACCAAAACCACCAGAUUCUCCAAAAUGGUCACCACACGCGCCUCUUCCUCUCGCGCCGCAAGCGUCGAGCCCUCCUCCUUCGUCCCCGCAACCCCCUCCGCCAAACGCUCCUCCAAAUCAUCCGUCACCAAAUCCUCCAAAUCUUCCAAAUCUUCCUUUGCUCACGCUCCCACAACCGCCACCCUCGUCUGGCUCGCCAUCUCCCUGCCUCUCGUCAUCUGGGAUACCGGCUAUGUCCUUCUCCGCCCGCUCUCCAUGCCCGGUGGCUCCCUCCACUGGCCCAUCUGGGCCCCCUACAAGCUCUACGGAGAGGUAGACCACAUCUACGGCUUCAAGGCCUUCCACGCCGGCAACGGCUUCACCAGCGCCCAGGGCCUCCUCAAUGCCGUCGAGACGCUGCUCUACCUCUGGUACUUUUGCGCCUGGUUCUUCUCCGGCAAGCGCUCGUCCGCCGGAGUCAAGGUCGUGAGUGGCAGGGCUGGUGCCAGGGCCACUCUCAUUGGAUUCAGCGCCGCCGUCAUGACACUCAGCAAGACGGUUCUGUAUUGGGCCAACGAGUACUACAGCGGCUUCGAUAACAUUGGCCACAACCCCCUUCAGGAUCUCAUCUUGCUCUGGAUCAUUCCCAACGGUGCUUGGCUUGUUGGGCCCACUUACAUGAUCUGGUCCAUCGGAAGCGACCUGGUCAGUGGUCUCGAUCCCGCCUCACGCUCAAAGAGCGAGUAAAUGCUUGUAUUAAAACACUGUUUCAAAACAUUUUAGCCAUGACAUGACAUGUGCUCUCAGUCUUGUAACGCGGUUAAUCAAGGACAUGGUUGGUAGCAGAGGGACGUGUAUGUAUAUGUAUAUAUAUGAGUCUGUAUGUAUGCCCGCAAUGCGACGAAUACGAAGAAAUGACCUCAGCUUGCAUCGAC